UCUGCGUUUUCAGGUCCCCAAAACAUUUUUGUCGUGUAAAUGAAAAGCCAUAUCACAUAAAAUCAAAUUCCAUUUUUAAUUAAAAAUAGUGUUAUGUAAACGGUCCCCAAGAGUCUUUCAAAAAACAAAAAUCAUUAGCAAAACAUACUUUAAUAUAAUUGCAUAAUAACUGGACUACAAGCCAAACUGACCAAUAGAAACACGCUCUUUUUUUACUCUUACUCUUUUACUCUUACAACAUCUUGAGACCCAAAAGCCAAUUAGGAAUUCCUUGUGAUCACAUGACAAGAAGAAGCCAUUUUUUAUUGGUUCAGAGAAACACACUCUCUUUGUGAAAGUAUUCAAAAGGCAAGAAAAUACAGACGUUCCAUCAUCUGCUCAGGACAUAGGAAGUCUUUGUGAAAGUAUUCAAAAGGCAUGAAAAUACAGACGUUCCAUCAUCUGCUCAGGACAUAGGAAGUCUUUCUGUGGUAUCAAAGUGCCUGUACAAUGACUCAACUAUGGACAGUAGAGUCUUUCGGCCUUUGUUUCGAAUCCCUGAAUGACUCAUGUGUAAAAACUGUCUAUUCUCCUGUCAUUCGUGCUCCCCUCUACCUCCUCUUUGUUAUAACCAUCAUUGUGAUUGUAUUCGGCAACCUGUGGGUCAUCUGCACCAUCUCCUGUUUCCAGCAGCUCCACACACCCACCAACUACCUGAUUGUCUCAAUGGCUGUAUCUGACCUGUUCCUGGGCAGCUUUGUCAUGCCCCCCAGUAUGGUGCGCUCUUUGGAGACGUGCUGGUACUUUGGAGACUUCUUCUGCAAAUUUCACUCCGGCACUGAUUUUACGCUGUGUAACGCGUCUGUUUUGCACCUCACGUUCAUCUCAAUUGACCGUUAUUAUGCAGUUUGUCAACCACUGCAAUAUCACAGCAGAAUAACCACACGUGUGAGCGUAGCCAUGAUCCUGGUCAGCUGGUGCUUCUCUGCCUUUUUUGGCUUUGGCAUCAUAUUCUCAGAGUUGAAAAUCGAAGUAAAAAGAACUGAGGAGCUGCAUGUUGCUUGCAAGGGAGGGUGUUUAGCAUUGCAUGGAAGGGAAAUUGGAGUGACAUAUUCGAUUGUGUUUUACUUCCUCCCUAUGUUUAUAAUUGUCAGCAUUUACAGCAGGAUUUUUGUUAUAGCACAGAAACAUGUUCGUGUUAUUAAUAACUACCCUUCAAGCUCAUCAGUUAGUAAAAAGGAUCUGAAAGCCACUAAGACGCUUGCUAUUGUCAUUGGAGUUUUUAUGUCUUGCUGGACACCUUAUUUCAUGUGCAACAUCAUAGAUCCUGUUGUUAACCACACAAUACCAGCACUAUUAUAUGAGGUCCUAAUGUGGGUGGCUUAUUUGAAUGCAGUGUUUAACCCUUUGAUUUAUGCUUUCUUUUACGGUUGGUUCAGAGAAAAAUCCAAACUUCUGUUCAAAAAACUAUAUAAAUUGUGCUAAAGGGCCUAUUAUGAAGUCUAGAAGCAUAUGUUAUCUAAUUUUUUCAUUCUAAAUGCUUUCUUAUUAUUUCAUUAAUGUCAUUUCCAUUGCAUGUAUAGCUUCUGUUUAUUAUAAAAAUGUUUUUGAACCACAAUCAUUAUAAUUAAUAUAAUCAUUAAUAAAUCAUUGUAAUGAACUAUUAUACUUUUAAUAUACAGAAUAUGCAUGCACUUAUUCAGUCACUGAUGCAAAUUCCUACUGCCUUUUUAUAUAAUUUUUUUCUUGAAAAAUCUAAGAUAUUUAAUGCUUCUUGAGCAUCCAACCUGUAUUUGUGUUGAAAUCAAUUGUGACAAGCAAAACAUACAAUACAUAAAAUAAAACAUUCUGUGUGUUUUCAUUCCCUAAAGAUCAGCUGAGGCCUUUUGACUCAUAUAGCCUCCCAAUCCUGUCCUAUUGUUCCUAAUCAUAUGUUGGCUAUAAACCCAUCUGUAGUAUUUGGCACUUUCCCCAUUUUCCUUAACUGCAGAGAAUGUUAUCACUAAAUCUCAAUAAAAAAUAUCACAAUAUUACUUGAUAAUUUGCAUUUAAAAAUUGUUAAUUAAAAACAAAUGGCCCUCUU